GCUGGCUCCAACAACUCGACUGUUCUUCCCCUGAGCCCGUGUGGCUGACAUGGACGCCCCACGGCGUAUGGGCCGCCAAAAGCGACCGCGAGUGCCGGAAUCUGCACGGAAAAGAGCAGCUCAAGCCUGUGUCCCUUGUCGGUAUCACAAAGAAAAAUGCGGCGGGGGCCAGCCGUGCGCACGCUGCCGUCAGUACAAUCGCGCGUGCCGGUUUGAAACGGCCGCAUUGCAGCGGUCAGGCAGAGAAACCAACGACAAUGCUACUGGAUCUGGAUCCAAUCCUAAGGCGCAAGACAGGGAAGCUGUUAUGAUGAGGAUAAUCAAACAUUUCAUCGGCGAUGUGGCCACUGACACGGCGAGUUUGCAAAGUAUUGCCGAUGCACUUGAGAAGCGAAGUCCGGACCACGACGUUCAAAUAAUAUCAGCGACGACGGAACCAGAACCAGAAAACUUUUCUCUUGAGCCACUAUCGAGCAGUGCCAUGCACUAUUACGGGGAGUUAUCUCACUGGAACUUUUCCCAAACGCUUCUUCGUAGGCUGCGGAGUUUAGGCAGUGGAACGGGCCAGAACCAUGGGAUAGAUAAAGUCCGCGGAGUACAUCGUGCGACCGACUUACAAUCACCUACAUCAGUGGUCUCCUCUGCUAUGGUUUACUUCCCACCUAGGGAUAUCGGAGAAUUCCUCACCGAGACGUUUCUUCAAUUUGCCCAGACCAAUUACUUCUACUUUGACGAGAGAACACUACGACAGAAGAUGGACUAUUAUUAUUCCAAUGAGCAUGCUCUGGCGAUACACGACGCUGGAUGGAUAUGUACCCUUCUCAUGACCUUUGCCAUAGGAACCCAGUUUGCCUAUAUGCAGAUGAAGCCAACACAGAUGAGCCUCCAUCUUUCUCAAGAGAUACCAGAUGAUCGUGCUGGGCUAGAGCUCUAUCGAUUCUCGUGUCGACUGAUUCCUGACCUGAUUACCGUGGCAUCCGUUGAGACGGUACAGGCCUUCUUGCUACUGGGUAGCUACACGGUGCCGAUCGACACAUCUGGCCUGGCCUACACGUAUUACGGCCUUGCCACUAAGAUGGCGAUUCAGAAUGGCAUGCAUAGGGAUAGUUCUCAUCUCUCGCUUGACCCUGAUACUCUCGAGUGGCGGAAUCGUCUGUGGUGGUCCGCCUACUCACUGGAAAGUCGCAUCAGCAUUCUACAUGGAAGGCCAGUGUCUGUCUCUCGCCUUGAAGUCGAUGCAAAGUUUCCGACCGACCAAGCCUUACCCCUCCCGACCGGAAGAGCUUCAAACCUAGAGAACGUGAACGCAAACAUUUUCUUGACGGGCCAGUUGAGCAAGGUAUCCCAGACCAUUAUGCACCUGCGGGGCUGUCCACGCUUUCAGCAAAAGAGCCACCUUCAGGAGCUGAUGGUGAUCCGGUCUAAUCUCAGCAAGUGGUGGUCAACCCUUCCGGCCGAAGUCCAUUGCCGAGAUCUGACCCCAACUGGACCUCUGUUCCGCUGCAAUGUUCACCUGGAGCUGAGUUAUGAUACCAUGAUAAUAUACAUGGGCCGUCCAUUUAUAUUCGCGCCCAAGCCAAGUCUUUCCUUGGGAUCAGACGCGAGUAGUGAGAGUCCGAUAAACACGCUUUCGACCGACUGCCUCAAUGCCGCGAUACGAAUCAUCGAUCUCUGCCAGCUUCUGCACGACUCGGUCGGAAUCGCCCGUGUCUCAUACACAGAAUUCAGCUCCUGCCGCGCGGCACUGCUUGCGUUGAUCGCGCAUAGCCUAAACCACCAGGCAGACCGUGUCCUGAACAGCCUGUCUCAGGGCAUGAUUCUCAUCCGACAAAUGUGCGUGGGUGUAGAAUCCGCUCGAUCGGAUGUGGCGGCUAUCGAAGCAUUGGAGCUGGCUCGUCAGCGGCUGCAGCGGCAGGAGGAUCGGAAGCAAGAAGGGAACCACAAUGUAGACUCAGGAUAUAGUCAGUUUCAGCGAUGGGCACAACUUUGGCAACCUGAUAGUCUCACCUCGCACCUUAUGCCGACUCCUGCGCCUGGGUCUCUGGCUGAUCUCCCCGAGAAUCUGACACCGCCCUCCUUCGAUGGGUUCUUUGCCUCCUUGCCUCAAGAGCUGGACUCUUUUGCGACCAUCACGGGUUCCGAUCAGUUGUUCUUAGAUGAUAGUUGGCUUGGGGAGAUACGAAGUUCUAUCAUGUCUGAGGAAGGCAGUAUCCCUUUCGGUCCGGGAUUGUGA